AUGGCGGCCUCAAUCGCAGCUCCGAAGCGACCGUUCUUAACGCUGCCAUUCCUGCUUCCCUCUUGGACAGACUCCCUCUCCCUCGGUGCCAAACGUCAUCAGUCAUCAUACCGUCGUACCAAGCAACGGCUACGUGUCAAGCCGGAUGCGUCUUUUGGACCGUCCCAGCAAGGCCGUGACCAGAUCAUCUACAACCCGCCCUCCAGUGCUCCUUCGGUUUAUCACACACCGAGCAAAUUCCUACCUAUCAAUGAUGUUCGCCGUGCCAUGCGCGCCGAUACCCCAUCCGGCCCUAAUGUCAACGAACUUCCGAGUGUGCACAAGACCGAAGCGGAGAGGAAAUACCACUUAACGCCCGCCGAUAUUGAAGAAAUCCGGAAGCUCCGACUGAACGACCCAAUGACCUGGAGCCGGCAUAAGCUGGCUAAGCGAUUCGAGUGUUCGCCGAUCUUUAUUGCCAUGGUCUGUGAAGCUAGCCCCGAAAAGAAGCAGAUCCAGAAACAGGUGUUGGAGGCCGUGCAAUCACGGUGGGGACCGAAGCGACGGAUGGCCAGGGAAGACCGGAAGUUGCGCCGGGAGGCCUGGGGACGCGACGAGUAA